ACCUCGAGGGGCACUGCAGCGACAUGCUCUCGUUUAGAGUGAUUUUCCUCCAGGUAUUGUACCUGGUAUUGAUGGUAGGUUCACAGUUACCUGUGAACUUGCCUUCACCUCCCAUUCUACCAGGUCCUCAGAUGGCUCCCCCCAACAUAGUCGCUGUGGGAACUAUCUCCAACGGCGGAUCAUCGGACGGUUCAUCGGACAGCCAGCCACCCUCCAAUACUUCUACUACUACUUCUGCACCUUCCAUUCCAAACGCUCCAUUACCCCCUCAACUGCCUGCACCAACCAACGGAAGUUCCGGACCUCCUCUUCAGAGCACAAACCAGACAUUAGCUGUCCCGCCAUCUAAUGCAUCUCUUUCUUCGUCCCGCUUCAACGGACCUCCACCGUCGCCCUCUCUUCCAAUUCUUCCAGUGACAACGUCAAGGUCUUCCAAUUCUAGUGGAGGAGUUUCGGUUGAAGUUGAUGAUUUUGAUACUAAUGGAACUCUUCCAAACAUCACAUUAGUAGUUUCUAAUGUGGGCAACGGCACGAAAAUUUCAAUCAAGAACAACAACAAGACAUAAACAUUUAUUAUAGGGAUGCAUAUUUUGUACUCACCUUGAAUGAGUUAUGGGUUGUCAGUGA